GCUCUCAGUCCAAGAAAAGCAGCCGGUGCACGCGCAACGCUUUUCCGCUUGUACGCAACUGGGGCAGGUGCAAACAGCAAUACACCUAGAAUAUCAAACGUCGCACGGUCUUAUCGAGGUGUUUAGCAGCCCGGCCAAUUGGCAUUUGAACGAACUUAUAUAGCAACUGGCCAAAAAGGAAUUAUGGCGGGAGUCAGCGUGGGAUUCGCCAAGUGUUUUAUGCUAUUUAUGGCCGUUGUCAUAUUGGUACAAGGACUCGUAUAUUUAGGACUCUCAAUAUGGGGCAUUACAUUACGCGAUUGCAAAGACAAAUCGGAUAUCGCUGCUGAGCCAUUCCAGUUUGCCAUGAACUUGAUCUAUUUCGUGCAGCAAGAGUGUGGCAAUCCGGUUGUUGCACUGAAUUACAAUAACAUUGACCAAAGCUACGAGUUAACCAUGGAUUGGGCCAAGUCGUUUGCUAUAACCAAUCGCGAGUUCAUCUUUCUGGUGACCUAUGCCGUGAUCAGCGGCCUGUGGGUGGCUUCAUCCACCUUGAUCAUAUUAACCCUGUGCUUCGCAACUACCAAAUUGAUUUCCGGCACGGUUUAUUGGCCCUGGUUCCUAUCCGUGCUGGCUGGCUGCGUGGUGGACGUGGUGGCCACCGUCUACCAUGGCUUGGACAUAUCAGAGACUUUGGGCCUGAACGAAGCCUUUAAUUACGUUGGCGCCACACUGGAUCCUACAGCACCCAGCGGAGUCACUACAGUUUUGGAAACAUUUGGAGUUUACUUUUCCACGCCUGCCAUUGUGCUCCUCUGCCUGAGCAGUCGUGUGGUGAUUAUUUGGCUGCUGAACGUGAUCGGCGGCGUCUUCUGUCUAUCCCUAUCAAAUAUUCUGGCCAAGCAGACAGCAGCCAAGAAAAGCAGUAGGAAGGCAGCCAAUCCAGAGCAGGCGCCACAGCCCGUGAUACUUGAGGAGCAUUUGCAGCAGCCAACGGCACCGGCGUCUCUAACGCCACAGUUUGAACAGGAGCCUCAGUAUCCGGAGCAAGUACGUCCGAAGCCCUCGCCUCUUAUAAUACCAGCGCAGACCUCAGAUAUGCUGGAGCGACAGGAUUCACGUUACCGGCCUGAUGAUCGCACCACGCUGCAGUCACCAGUGUUGGUCCUGCCGCCACUACCGCAACAGCAGCAGCCUCAGUCGCCAGCACAGCAAGAUAUAAGCACCUAUCGCAACACCGAUGCGCAUCCCGAUCAGCUUAACUAUCCCGCCACGGAUCCAACCACGCCACGCUCCGUCUCACCCAUGUCGCCAGCAGUGCAGCAGCUGGCCGCGGGCUCAGCUUUAAAUAGUCGCUAUUCGGAAAUUUAUCCAGUGCAGCCGACGAAUCCGCGCAUCAGCGAGGAGCUGCGCAAUCAGAUGCCCUGGUCGUAUACGAGUAUGAUAACCAAACCACCGCCGCCACCACGCAAGCCACAGCAGCAGGUGCAGAUAUAUCCGCAGAUACCCGAGCCGGACUACACGGAGAACUAGCUGGUGGACUAACCAGCGUAUCUUC